AUGUCUGUUCCCCAGAGCGAGGCCUUCAAGACUGCUGUCGUCGACAGCCAGAAGCUCACUUCCAAGCCGAGCAACGACGAUCUCCUCCAGCUUUACGCCCUCUUCAAGAUUGGCAACGGCGAGGACAUCAGGCAGUCCCCCUCGCCCGGCAUGUUCGACCUCAAGGCCAAGGCCAAGAGGAGUGCGUGGCAGAAGGAGACCGACGCCGGCACCACCGCCGAGCAGGCUCAAGCCAAGUACGUCGAGCUCGUCAACAGCCUCAAGGAGUCCCACGGCUACGAUGCCGACAAGGUUCCCGAGUCCGUCGGCGCCUAA